AUGAGACCAAAAGAAAAAGGUUUAUCAAAUGAUGAUAUUGAAAGAAUUGUCAACUUCGAUUGGGAUGUCUCCAGUGACGAAGAAAGUGGUGAUGAAAUGGAAGACAUCUCUGGAGACAGGGACAGAGAUAGAGACAGGGAUAGGGAUAGGGAUAGGGAGAGGCGAGGUGGGAGGGGGCCGGGGGAUGCCGGAGUCGUCAACAAUCUCGGCAAGGACGUGCGCGGCAAGAAGCACGACGUCAAGAUCAACAUCAUAUCCGACGGGGGCACUGGCCACGCCCCCCCGCACCGCAAGCUGGGCGGCGGUGCCAGCGAGUGCAGCAGCAGCACCUUCUCCUCCAGCACUUUGGAACGGGACCUGGAGAUCAUAGACCAGCUGGAGCGGGAACGGAGCAUGGACAUCCAGGAGAUGUUGCAGCGGGAUCGGGAGAGGGAGCGGGAACGGGAACGGGAGAAGGGGGCCGGGGGCGGCAAAGGGGACGUGGCCAGGGGCGGCAGCGGUGAGGGCGGCCUGGCCCUGGUCCUGCCCGGCAGCGAUCCCCUCAGCAGCCUCUCUCAGUCCCAGUCCCAGUCCCUGGCCACGGAGUACAGCCUCUGCUCCACUCUGGAGACUAGCGGAGGGUCAGUGGCGCCGCCGUCGGACGAGAUCCUUCCGAAGGCGUCCCAGAUCCGGCAGAACAUCGAGGAGGUGGACGACGAGGAGGUCGUGCCGCCGGACUUCUACGACAGCUAUAACAGGAACCGCAAUGUCAAAAUGUAUUAA